GCCGCCUGCCCCUCGGCGGCCGUUGCUAGCUGGGCGGUGGCGGCGGAAGCGGAAGUCGGCGGCGUGGCCGCGGCGGGAGGCAUGAAACCGGCUCCGGGGCGGCGGCUGCUGCUGUGGGCGCUGCUGCUGUUGCUGCUGUUGUUGGGGGACGCAGAUGCCAGAGUCUCAAUUAUCUCACUCCAUGAGGGCCACGUGCACCAUAGCUCAAGUCCUCAGCGCUUCUGCUACACCAACACGCACGUCCCGCAAUGGCGCGACAUCUGGACCAGGACGCAGAUCCGGAUUAGCAGCAGCGGGAUGAUCCGAGUCACCCAGGUGAACAGCGAGGAGGAGCUGGAGGAGUUCAACGUGUGGAACGUUGUUUUCUCCUUCCUGAAGGAGAAGCUGAACGACACCAGCAUCGAUGUGGAUCUCUACAGCAACAAAACCUGCCUCAAGGUUGAGCUGCUGGAUACUGGCACAGAGUACUGCGUCUUCCUUUUCCGACGCUUUGACCCUAAGCUGUUCCUUAUUUUCUUCCUGGGCCUGUUGUUGUUCUUCUGUGGGGACAUGCUGAGCAGGAGCCAACUCUUCUACUACUCAGCCGGGAUUAGUUUUGGCUUGCUGGCCUCGCUGCUUAUCCUUGUCUACAUGAUGUCCAAGGUCAUGCCCAAGAAAAAUCCUGUUUACUUCCUGCUGGUAGGAGGGUGGUCCUUUUCCCUGUACCUGCUUCAGCUGAUCUUCAAGAACCUACGGGAGAUCUGCAAGUCCUACUGGCAGUACCUCCUAGGCUACCUGCUGCUCAUGGGCUUCGUGAGCUUCGCCGUGUGCUACAAGUACGGCCCACUGGAGAACGAGCGCAGCAUCAACCUCCUCUCCUGGACCCUGCAGCUCCUGGGCCUGUUGCUGAUGUACUCGGGCAUCCAGAUCCAUCUCAUCGCCUCGGCCUUGGUGGUCAUCGCCAUCUGCACCAAGAACCUGGACUACCCCAUACAGUGGGCCUUUGCUGCCUACAGGAGAGUGCAGAGUGCCAGGCUCGGGCCGAGUCCCCCUCGCCUGCUGACAGAGGAGGAGUACCGGGUCCAGGGUGAGGUAGAGACGCGCAAGGCCCUGGAAGAGCUUCGAAGCUACUGCAGAAGCCCAGAUUUCUCUGCCUGGACUGUGGUCUCCCGCAUCCAGUCUCCCAAGAGGUUUGCUGAUUUUGUGGGUGGCGCCUGUCACCUCACCCCUGAUGAGGUCUCUGUCCAUGAGCGAGAGUAUGGCCUGGGUGGCAUCUUCUUUGAGGAGCAGCUCUUCGAGGAGGAUGAUGAUGACGACUGUUUUGACAGGAAUCAUGCCAGUUACUCCAACAACUAUCUGGAUGCUGAUUGAGGUGCCUGUGAGGCUGAUGUGCAUGAGAGGAACUUUGGACCUGUCCCACCAGUACCUGCGUGCUCAGCGUCUGCCUGCUGCCAGGCUGCUGUGGGGAGGAGCGGGCAGCGGGUGACCUGCUGUUACCAAAGAUGCCAGAGGGCUCCAGCUGGUUGGGCUGUGCCUCUGCCUUGGCUUAAAUCCCAAAACCCCCAGCGCCUCCCUGGCAGAGACGUGGCUCAGCUGGCUCCUUCGUGUCCAUAUCUCCAAGCUCAGGAGAAGGCAGCCUUGAAGUCCGCUUGGUGCCCCAGGUGCUCAGCCUGCUCCCCCCAGCUGCUGAGAUGCAGCAGAGGCUGUGCUCAGCCUCCCUCUCCCUGUGCCUCCAUCUGCCAGGCAGUCCCUGGGCUGAAGAUGAGUGUGGAUGUGCUUCCCCUUCCCUGCCUUGCUGGUGGUCAGGUGCUGGCAGCUCCCUGUCCCCCUGAAGCUGGUGCUCUCUGCCCUUAACCUGCUGUUACAUGGGGCCCGUCCCCACCGUGCUCCCGGCUGGCGUGGGCAGGGGAUGGGGAUGGCCCUGCCUGCAUUCCUGCUCCCUGCACUGGGGACAGAGCUCGGCUCCCAGCUGCUGGUCCUCAGCCUUGCCGAAGCACAAAGCUGGAGAGGAUGCUGCAAUCUAUGCAACUUCUGAAGCAAUAAAGCUGCCCUCUGGCAGCCUCACUGCUCUGCUGCCCCGCACCUGGGCUCCUGCAGCCUGGCUUGUACCUCACCCAUGCCUCUGCCAGAGCUUUUGCUGUUGGUUUGUUUUUUGUCCCAGACUUACUCCCCUGCCCUUGCCGUGCUUUCCUCCCUGCUCUAGUGUGAGCAGCCUCUGUGUGGUUAAUGACUGAUUAUAUUUUUAAUAAAGAUGUAUUUUGUAGGUAA